UGAAACCGUUAACUCUACUGAAAUCGUAAGCAAUGGCUCGUACCAAGCAGACCGCUCGUAAAUCCACCGGAGGAAAGGCUCCUCGCAAACAGUUGGCCACUAAAGCUGCUCGUAAAAGUGCUCCAGCUACCGGAGGAGUCAAGAAGCCACAUCGUUAUCGACCAGGAACCGUCGCUUUGCGUGAGAUUCGUCGUUAUCAAAAGUCGACUGAAUUACUGAUCCGUAAGCUUCCAUUCCAACGUUUGGUUCGUGAGAUCGCUCAAGAUUUUAAGACCGAUCUUCGCUUCCAGAGCUCGGCUGUUAUGGCUCUGCAGGAAGCAAGUGAAGCUUAUCUGGUUGGAUUAUUCGAAGAUACCAAUCUGUGUGCCAUCCAUGCCAAACGAGUCACCAUUAUGCCGAAAGAUAUCCAAUUAGCUCGUCGUAUCCGUGGAGAACGCGCUUAAAUCUGACUGAUCUCUGACAAAUCUCAU